AUGGCGGGGAAUCCUUUCCGCCUGGCCCUGAAUGUGGGAAAAACCAUGGCUUUUGCCCACAUCUUCUGGGAAUACGGCUACGCCUGUGGUCCUGCGUCCGGCCCUUCCAUGCUCCCAACCUUUGAGAUUACCGGUGAAAAUCUCGUCGCGGACAAGCGCUAUCGUUACGGUCGCGAUGUCGCCGUCGGCGAUCUGGUCUACUACAAGAUCCCAAUCUUCCCGAAGGCCACCGGUGUUAAGCGUGUGGUGGGCAUGCCAGGCGACUUUGUACUGUUUAACAGCCCUGACUCACGGAAGGACAUGAUGGUCCCCCAAGGGCAUUGCUGGCUGGUUGGUGAUAACCUGGAGGCCUCUAGAGACUCGCGGACGUACGGACCUGUGCCAUUAGCUCUGAUCGGGGGCAAAGUGGUGGCCAAAGGAUUGUCUUUGUCCGGGGGCAAGUGGCUGGAAAACGGACUACGCGAUAUCCAAGAAGGCCGAAAGUGA